CUAGUCUGUGUAACCUCAAGGAUGUUGAGAAUAGUUAAAAGCAGAAGAUAGACCUUUCCUUUGUCCUUCAAAACAAGCACUGGCCCUUUUCAGGGUUGCGUGUGCAGUACCCAGCAACUUCCACUACUCUGACCUUUUGUGAAUCGUUUUCAUAGUUUUUUUCUUAUACCAGUGCACCAUAUGUAGAUCUAGGAUUAAAUCACAAGGAUUCCACCCUAAAUACCAGCGAAAAUUUGUUUUUAUUCUGAUGGGGCUUCCAAUUGAAUCGUCCAGAUAUGGGAAAUUGCUUAGGACAAUGCCUUGCCGGUAAAAGCGGUCUGAGACAAGAAAGGGAUGAACAAGAGCAACUGGUCGAGAAUGAGGAAAAUGAAGAGAGUUUCAUAUUCAAAAUAAUGAGGUUUCGGAAAAAGAAACCAUCGCAAUUUCUGGAAAAGUUUUGGGAGCGACAGUGCCAAGCAUACUCGCGACUAAGCAGGGAGGGAAUUCCCCAUGACAGUAGUGAAAUACAAUUGCAAUGUUUAGAUGCUCAGAACCUCAUGUUAUCAUCCCGUGAAGUUCCAGUCAUGCCCCCACAGUACAGAUCAACUGGAUAUUCUGAAUAUGGAAUUCCUCUGUCAUCGCGUACCAGUUCAUCACUAGACUUAGAAUGGGAACACGAGUAUGCGGCAAAUGCAAAUAGUCAAUUGUCGCAAUCAUGGUUCUUUCUGCCGGAAGAGGAUGCCAAACAAUGUCCCGAACAAGACCAAGUUUCAGACAGUUCUGUAACUAAUACUAUAGACACCGCUGCGCCCAUCAUUACACGAUCAACUCUUCCAAUUGCAAACAAUUCCAGCGAUAAUCCACGUGAAUGUCCUGUUGGUCAUUCAUCGAAAAACUCUUGGUCACAUAUAUCAACACCGGAGUCCUUGGAGUGGGACAUCGACGAGGAUCAGCAGCAGCGGUUGAAUGUGGAAGACGAUAUGUUGGAUCAUGAAACACUUCAACUACUACACGAGAUUGAGCUACUGAAAAAUAAAGUCCUUGAAGAGACUGGAUCCGGGUUAGACUUUGAAGUCAUCCCGAGACCAGGGGAAAGUUGAUCGUUAGUCCAUUUUUCACUGCGGGAAUGCAGUAUUGACCCCCCGAAAGGCUGAGUGGGUAGAGGAGGAUUGUAAGUGCCUAGAAUUAGAGACUACUUGGCUAGUCAACACUUGAAUUGAGGAUAGGGUAUUGUAAUAUUUGAUAGUCGGAUAGAGGUAAGGCGUAGCGAUAUCACGUCAUUGUUGAUUUUCGGUUGCUGGCUGCGGAAAUUCGUGCUGUUUUUGUUGGCUUGGAAACCCAUUUAUCAUGAACGGAUAUUUUCGAAUUUGUUUACGAUGUUCAUGCUCAAACGUUUGCCUGUUUCGCAUAUGAAUUCCUUCAUUUCACCUUUCCUUUUCGCAUCUCUAAGCGCAACACAACCACAACUCAAUCGUAUCGCUAGAAUAUAUCGCCAUUGCGAUCUUAUGGAAUAUAUUGCUAAUAUAUCUUGUUAAGUUCUUGUAAGAUUUAGUCCCACCUCCUUGGCAAAGGUAUGGUUGUACAUUAAGAUUUGCGCGUUAAUUAAAUUUUCCAGCAGAAAGCUGAUUAUUUCGUUUAUUAUGCUUGUUGACUCCUUUCGAAUAUAAAAGCUUUUUGACGAAAACGUUAGAAAAACAAGAAAAAAAAUUGUUAUUUACAUUUUAUAUUGACAAUGUUGUGGAAAUUCCGUUUAUCAUAUCAAAAUCUCGAGAAGAUGCCGAUACAUUUAAGAAAAAGAUUAUAAAGAUAUAAGUAACUAUAUUUAUAGAAGAGAAAAUGUGAAUUGAUUUUCUUGAUAAAAUUAAAUUAUG